CACUUCCUUGAAUGAAUUUUAGCUAUGUUAAGUGAAAAUUAGGUUAGUCCAUUAACGGUGGCGUAGGGAACUGGACUCGAGGGUUCUGUCGGAGGGUCGGAUAUGAUUAGAUGUAGGUUUUUUUGACAUUAAAGGGAUUUAAUAAAUAUAUCAGCCCUUAAAUUGUCAGAGGAGGGCGUCAGGCAAGAUGAACAUCACAACUUGCAUUGGGUUAUUUGUGAUUAUAUCCUUAAAAUGCUUUCACGCGCAUGCCCAAUUCGGUCAAUGUCCUGUGAGAAAAGUCCUCACCUACAACACUGCUCUCCUUGACCAACCGCUUUCAAGUGGUCUUCCAAAUAACCGCUUACCGCGCCGGGAAGCAAUAAUCAACGAACUUAGACGCUUGGAUGCUGACGUCGCUUGUUUACAGGAAGUCUGGAUCGGACAGGAUGUUGAAAGGAUCGUGUCUGAGCUUUCAGACAUGUAUAGCUUCUCGUAUAGCAAACUUCAUAUACCAGGGACUCUUGGUGGACAUCUGCCUGAUCAAAGUGGCCCGAGCAUGCCGCCGUGUGACAGAUAUACAGCAACCCAAUUCCAAAGGUGUGUACAACGGAACAGAUGCAUGAGAAGAAGUUAUGAUAAUGCACGAACAUACUCGUGUAUAAACCAUCACUGCUUCUUACAGUAUAAAUUAUUAUCACAAAAUUGUGUCUCGUGCAUGGCAUCAAGCUGGCAAAAUAUUCAGACUGUGGUUCAAAAGUGCGUAGGUGUCGGCCUUCCGGGUAUAAACAUGCGUACAAUUAACACCCCGGGACUUUUAUUACUAUCUAAGCGACCCCUUAUAAACGCAAAGUAUUCCGAUUUCCAUCCGUACACUAAGGAGCUUAUAGAAAGAGGCUAUAUAGAAGCAGAAACUGAAGAUCUUGGAAAAUUCGUCUGCACGCAUACCACUCAUAAUAUACCAUAUUAUCCGGAAAUGGAGCUGUCGCGAAUAGGUGCCUUUUCGACGUUUACAGAACAAGGGCGGUCUGAAAGAAUCGAGUUAAUCCAAAAGUUUGGUCAUAAGAAUAGAUUAGUUCUUGCUGGUGACUUCAACGUAGGGGAUGCCUUUGGUCCAGUGAUAAAUAAAGAUCUUCCACAGGAAUUUAACCUCUUAGCAAAGUACUUUAACGUUAUGCCCGUUAAAGAAUGUACAUUUUGUUGGCCACAUGUGAAUAUUUAUACGAAAUCAGUGGAAGGAAAGGUUCAAACAAUUAUUGACCAUGUCUUCCACAAAGGUCAUAAAGUUGUAGAUAUGUCGAGGGUGAUAAAACCAACCGACGCCGACUUGUACGGUACGUUUCCUCUCUCUGACCAUAACGGAGUUAUGGCUACAUUUUCAUUAUGCUGAUUCGGUAUGAAAAGAAGGUGUUAAUGCCUGGCAAACUGUUGAUGAAAUACAAAAGACAUUUAAAGAUCUCAUAUACAAUGCAUUACUUUGUGAUAAAGGAAAGGACUCUCGAAGCAACACUUCCAUUCAUGCUUUCUUUUUGUUGCUGUAAAUUACGUCGUAUUCUUGCUUUUCUUUAGGAAUUUUCAGCGUUCAUGCAUUUCUAGAAUUCGGGAUGGAAUGCUCAUUUUCAUUAUCUGAGGGGCCAGUAUUUAAGUUGGACAACCUCAUAACGUAACAGUCAAAAUUGGAAAACUUUAUUACAUUUGGUGUUGAAUGGUGGCACAAGUUAUAUAAAGUUUAACAGAUGAAAAAGAAUAAGUUAUCAUUUUCAAAUAUUGAUCUAAAGGCUUAUAUAAAUUAAUAUUAUUUGCUCAGAAUUAUCCAUAAGCUGUCCAUAAUUUACUCAAAUGUUAAUAUGUGACAGACUUAUGGACGUAAUUUUAUGACAAAUAUUUCUUAAUUCCAAUUAAAAAUAUUUAAUUCUCUUUUUUAAUGGCGGCUAUGUGUAUAUGCUUAAGUUUGUUAUUUAUUUUUUGCACAUUGUAAAGCAAUCGCAUUGUAUGCAUAUAUUGCACUACACGUAUGUUAACAUAUCUUUGCCCCAUCAGUGUAAAUUGACCAUACAUUCCUUC